AUGGAAGGUGCUGCAGUGGCGGAAGGUCUGUGGGGACUAGCAGAUCACCACGAGAAGCUUGGUGAGAUUGGGAAAUCCAUCAAAUGUUUGGAAGCCAUCUGCCAGAGCCAAAUCUCUUUCCUUCCUCUUGUUGAAGUCAAGUCUCGUGUCCGCGUCUCUGCUCUUCUUCUCCGUUACUCUCACAAUGUCAACCAUGCCAAGUCCCAUCUCGAGCGUUCUCUUCUUCUCCUCAAGUCUAUUCCUUCCUCCUUUGAUCUCAAAUUCCGGACUUAUAGCUUGCUCAGCCACUGUUAUCACCUCCUUGCCGCAUUCCAUCCUCAACGCAACCUCCUCCUCAAGGCUCUCGAGCUCUCUUCUUCUGUCUCUCAGGAUGUCUCUGCCCACCUUUGGUCUUGCAAUUUCAACUCUCAGCUCGCUAACGCCUUCAUUAUCCAAGCCGAUUUCCCUUCUUCUCUCUCCGCUCUCGAGUCUGGUUUUCUCUCUGCUUCACACAUUUGUUUUCCUGAGCUCCAGAUGUUCUUCACAGCUUCUAUGCUCCAUGUUCAUAUCAUGCAAUGGACCGAUGAUUAUUCAGUGGAAAAGGCUGUUCAGCGAUGCGAUGAAAUCUGGCAAACCAUUUCUUCAGACAAAACUGAACGCUGCCCUGGUUUGUUCUUCUACAAUGAGAUGUUGCAUGUUUUCUAUCGACUCAGGCUCUGUGAUUAUAAGAACGCUCAGCAUCAUGUCGAUCGCUUAGACCAGGCAAUGAAUGCUCAUUCGCAUAAAAUGGAGGAGACUCAGCAGCUUCUGGAUGAGCUCGCUUCGUUAAAUCACAGUCUCUCCCGUUAUGAUCUUCCCUCCAGAGAAAGAUCAGCCCUCUCUUCCAGACAAUCUCAGCUCCAAGAUCGUGUAAACGCUUUGUCUCCAUCUUCUACUGCUGGUAACUCUCUGGAGCCCACAUACUUUGGCAACGCAGAUCGUGCAUGGACGGAGAUGCUACUGCUUUCACCAUCUCCAAUCGAUGGACAGUGGCUACCAAAAAAUGCCAUCUAUGCCUUGGUCCAUCUUAUGGUUGUCAUAUCGGGACGUCCUAAGGGACUCUUUAAAGAGUGUUCAAAACGUAUCGAGUCUGGAUUGCAGAUCAUUCAAGAUGAACUGAUCAAGCUUGGAAUUACUGACGAAGUUAGAGAAACUGAUUUGCGGCACACAGCUAUCUGGAUGUCUGGGGUUUAUCUUAUGCUCCAGAUGCAGUUCCUUGAGAAUAGAGUGGCUUUGGAACUUACAAGGUCUGAUUAUGUUGAAGCCGAAGAGGCUCUGGUUGAGAUGAAAAAUUGGUUUACUCGAUUUCCAACAAUUUUGCAAGCUUCUGAGUGUGUGAUUGAGAUGCUCAGGGGCCAAUAUUCGCAUUGUGUCGGUUGCUACAAUGAAGCUGCUUUCCAUUGUAUCGAAGCGACCAAGCUGACAGAGAGUAAAUCUAUGCAAGCCACGUGUCAAGCCUUUGCAGCUGUUUCUUACCUUGCUAUUGGAGACGCUGAAUCAUCAUCUAAGGCACUUGAUUUAAUUGGACCACUCUAUGGAAUGACGAAUACACUAUCUGGUGUUAGAGAGGAAGCUAGUAUUCUCUUUGCUUACGGUCUCCUUUUGAUGAAGCAACAAGAUCUACAGGAAGCAAGAAACCGUCUCGCCAAGGGUUUGCAGAUUGCACAUAGUCAUAUGGGUAACCUGCAGCUAGUUUCACAGUAUUUGACACUUCUGGGAAAUCUGGCUCUUUCCUUACACGACACGGUACAAGCGAGAGAGAUCCUGCGUUCCUCUCUUACACUUGCAAAGAAACUCUCUGAUAUCCCAACUCAGUUAUGGGUUCUAUCCAUCUUCACAGCUCUGUAUCAGCAGUUGGGUGACAAAGGGAGCGAGAUGGAGAACGAAGAACACAGGAGGAAGAAAUGGGAUGAGUUGCAGAGUAGACUAGCAGAAGCGCGUGGAUCUAUCAGUCACAUUGAACUAGUCGAGAAAGCUAGGAUAGAGACGCAUCAGGUGAAUGCAGAAGAACAGUCGGUAGUAGUAGCGUCUGGGCAAGCGAGUCUAGACAUCCCAGAGUCAGUUGGCGUAGAAGGUCCAUCAGCGGCUCUGUCCUCGUCGAUGCUUGUUGGUUUAGACAGUGGGAAAAGAUGGGGAAAGCGAAGGUUGUUAUAA